AUUCUAGACGAGAGAGAGAAAGAGAUAGAAUAGAGAGAUCCAACAAAUCCAAUAUAAAUAUAGAAACAUUUUAUUGUUUGUUUGGUGGAGGACGCCACCCACGUUCUCUGUUCCUGUUCGUCAGCCAUCACACUGUCAAAUGGCAGCUUGUGUCAAUCUUCUCCUUUCAGUUCACCUCCAAUGGAAACCCAUCACUUUCUCCUCUUUCUCUCUCUCUUUCUCCCGUUUCUCUCCACACCCGGAUCCGGGUUCGGAUCCUCCGGCCCUAUUGCCGCCUCUUUCGGCUCCUCUGCUUUCUUCUGCGCCAUUGACGCUAGUGGCCGUCAAGAUGUUAUCUGCUGGGGCAAAAACUACUCUUCUCCUUCUUCUCCUUCUUCUUCUUCUUCUUCUUCCUCCUCAUCUCUUCCUUCUUCCGCUUCCGCAAGUUACAACAUUCCGUCCAUGGCGGUUCUUUCAGGCGGAGACGGGUUUCUCUGCGGCAUCCUAUCGAACACUUCUCAGGCGUUUUGUUUCAGUUCACUUGGUUCUUCUUCAGGUAUGGAUCUUGUUCCUCUAGCUUACAGGACUACUGCUUACUCUCAGAUCGCUGCUGGAAACAGCCAUGUCUGUGCAGUUAGAGGAGCUUACUAUUCGGAUCACGAUUCUGGAACUGUCGACUGUUGGGACAUAACAAGAACUAGGAAUAACAACAGCUUAGUGGCCAGUGAGAAUCCAAACUUCUAUGAUCAGAUUGUUAGUAAUCUCGUCUUCAACAACAUCGUUUCUGGUGAUGGCUUUAGCUGUGGUGGAAUCAGAGAUGGUGGAUUGCUCUGUUUUGGCCCCAAUUCUUCUCAUUUAGGGUUUAACACGACUUCUGAUAACUUCCAAGUCUUAGCCGCCGGGAAAAACUCACUCUGCGCGAUCCUAAACUCAUCCCUGGAGGUGAAAUGUUGGGGAGAAGAUGAAUCUUUCGUCAAUUCCCCUAGGGAUGAUUCUCGAUUCGUCGCCUUAACCGCAGGUCCUCGCCAUUUCUGUGGAAUCCGUGAGGAUAAUCAUGAAGCUGAAUGUUGGGGAAACUCGAAUUUUUCAUUGAUUCCAAAAGGUUCUGGAUUCAAAGCAAUUGCUUCAUCUGAUUUCAUUGUUUGUGGUAUCAGAGAAGAGGAUCUUGUUCUUGAUUGCUGGAUGGUUAACGGGUCAUCAACGUUGGCUUACGAUCCUCCUUUGGAGCUGUGCAGUCCAGGGACGUGUCGAGCUGGCCCGUGUAACGAAAGAGAGUUUGCUUUCAACGCAAGUAUACUCAACGAACCUGACCUAACGAGUUUGUGUGUGAGGAAAGAGUUAAUGGUCUGUUCACCUUGCGGUUCUGAUUGCUCUCACGGAUCUUUCUUGUCUAGUUCGUGCACCCCGAACUCUGAUCGGAUCUGCACAGCUUGCUCGCUCUGUCAAAAUAGUUCUUGUUCAGACAUAUGUAAGCUUCAUAACAGCAAUUUUCCUGACAAGCAUUGGCAUCAACUACAGAGACUUGUCCUCAUCAUCGGAUCUUGCGCAUCCGCUCUAUUGAUCAUCAUAAUCGGUUGCUGCGUCGUGCCGCGGAUUGUCUCUAGUCCUAAUAAAGAUGACGGCGCUGCCAAUCAGUUCAAGUCUUGCAUAGGAAAGCCCGAUUUAGAGACCGAGCCGCUUGAACAUAUCUCCCCUGCUCCAUCGGUGACACCUUUUGCCCAAGUGUUCAGGCUCUCUGAGCUUAAAGAUGCGACCAACGGGUUUAAAGAGUUCAAUGAGUUAGGAAGAGGAAGCUACGGGUUUGUCUACAAAGCCGUGUUAGCUGACGGGAGGCAAGUAGCAGUUAAGAGAGCAAACGCAGCAACCAUAAUCCACACAAACACAAGAGAGUUCGAGACGGAAUUAGAGAUUCUCUGCAACAUUAGGCAUUGCAACAUUGUGAAUCUCCUCGGUUACUCGACGGAAAUGGGAGAGAGGCUUCUUGUCUACGAGUACAUGCCUCACGGUACCCUUCACGACCACCUACACGGCGGGUUUUCUCCGUUGAAUUGGAGCAUAAGGAUGAAAAUCGCAAUGCAAACCGCAAAGGGUCUCGAGUAUCUACACAACGAAGCUGAGCCGAGAAUCGUUCAUGGCGAUGUGAAGUCUUCGAAUGUACUUUUGGACUCGGAUUGGGUAGCGAGAGUUGCGGAUUUUGGGCUAGUGACAUCGUCGAACGAGAAGAACUUGGACAUCAGAAGAGAUGUUUAUGACUUUGGGGUUGUGUUGUUAGAGAUUUUAACCGGAAGGAAACGUCAUGACAGGGACUGUGAUCCGCCGGAGAUUGUUAACUGGACGGCUCCGGUGAUCAGAGAAGGCAAAGGGGCGGGGAUUUUGGAUAAGUAUAUUGCGUUGCCGAGAAACGUUGAACCGUUAUUGAAACUUGCUGACAUGGCGGAGUUGUGUGUACGGGAUGAUCCUAACCAACGACCGACUAUGUCGGAACUUGCAAACUGGUUAGAACAGCUCACCAGAGAUGCACUGAUCUUCUAGCUUUUUUUCCUUUUUUUUUUUUUUGUGGAUAAGUAAUAUUAC